CAACCUGCUUCAGGCCCGAUAAAGGAUGAAAGGAUUAUUAGCACCGCCUUCGAUACGGUGUCGCUUUAUGUUUAUAAUUAUUUUUAUCCUUCCUUCUUUCUGGAAUACGAUGUCGCUUACUUUACUUCACGCGGUUCCAUUCGUCAUUAGUACCUAUAUAUAUGUGACACCCGACGAUUGCGCAGGUCAGUCCCAUGGUUCGCGAACAUAUACACUCCCACUUUCAAUUUUCCAUACCGCAAAGGCACCAUGGAUCUUUCCUCGCUUGAAGGUCCUCCAAUACCAGAUUCCAGUUUCAAUGUCCGUACUUCCGCUUGGGUUCCGCGUGGCACGGAGAUUCCUCGGAUACACCUCGACCCUACUCCAUCAACGCCGGCAUUGACACCAUGGGCGCAAACACCGUACCGGAGUUCGUUCAAUUAUGACGACUACCCGCCCAGGCCGGCAUCUUCUGGAUCCACCGCGCUGCGCAGAUACUAUCGAAACCAAGACGAGAAUCCAGAGAUCAGACGGAGGAGUUACAACGACGAGCCCCCAGGGUUCCUGCAUCCGCCCUCGUCCUCGUCGAACGGAUAUAGCGUAUCAGAGUCCGAUUUAUCGAACCAUCACGCGCAUAGCAACGGACCGCGAUGCAGAAACACCCUCUUCUGGUGCGAGACCCAACAGACAUGGCUUGCUCAUGAGCGCCACACGCCGGGGAACACAGCACCCGCGCUUUCAAUCCCGCAGUCCCAGUUUACAGAACCAUACCAUACAGCUUCGCGGGGGUUAGGGCAGAGCCAGAGCCAGAGCCGUGAUCGGUAUAUGGACAGUGAUGACAUGCCACCUCCGUACGAAAACCAUUAUUACGAUCGCAUCCUCGCGGCGCAGCCGAUGUUGACGUCGAAUCCUCAAUAUCAGCAUCAGAAUCGUCGUCCGAGACAGGUGUCAAGAUGGGGUGCCAUUGCGAGACGGAUGAAUCGGUCGCCUGGUCCUUAGGCUUGUUCUAUUUGGGCUUUUUCUUUUUUCUUUUUCCUUUUGUUUUGUAUACGAUAUGCAUGGAAAUAGCGUUUGCUGGAUUAUUGUA